AUGUCGACCAUCAUACCUAUCCUUGACGGCGAAGAGCACGCCCACAGCCGUCAACCCCCCUACACUGUCGCUGAUGUCUUCCUACAAGCACUUGCAGAGAACGGUGUCGACUACCUAUUCACGGUCCUAGGAUCAGAUCAUCCAUCCCUUGUGGAAGCGUACCUACGUCGACAGAAGGAGGGCAAAGAAUGGCCCAAGUGGCUGCAUUUUCAACAUGAGUUCACAGCCAUAUCCGCCGCCGACGGCUACGCUCGAAUAACAGCAAAGCCGCAAUGCGUGAUCGUCCACGUCGACGUCGGAACCUCCGCUCUGGGCCAGGGCGUCCACAAUGCCUCCAGUGGCCGCAGUCCCAUGCUCAUCUUUGCCGGCUUAGCACCAUACACCCUCCACGGCGGCGCCUCCCAAUUUCUUGGCUCGAGAUCCGAGCAUGUCCAAUGGUAUCAGGAUGUGCCUCGGCAGGAAGCCAUUGUCGCGCCCUUCGUUCGGUAUUCGAAUGAGAUCAAGUCGACCGAGCAUGUAAAGUGUAUCGUCAACCGCGCCCUCCUCAUGGCCUCGAGUGGAUCGCCAGGCCCAUCGUACUUGACCGCAACCCGUGAAGUCCUAGCAUCACCCAGCAGCGAGAGCGCCAUGACCUCACGACCUCCCACCCUCCCUUCGUGCCGCAUCGGUGGCCUUCCCCCAGACGCAAUCCCUCUCAUCGCCGACGCCCUCCUCUUCGCCGAGAAACCACUCGUCUUCACAGGCUACCUAGGCCGGAACCACGCCGCCGUGUACGCCCUCGUCAAACUCGCCAACCUCCUCAACACCCUCCAAGUCUUCGAUUCGGAAUUCAGAGAAAUGUCCUUUCCCGCCGACCAUCCCGCGUGGAUCACACGCACGACAGGAGGGCCCAAAGCCCUGCAUGAAGCGGAUGUCAUUCUGGUGCUGGAUUGCGAUGUCCCCUGGGUGCCUACAAAAGUUCGCCCACACCACGCGGCGAGGAUCUUCCAUAUCGAUAUCGAUCCGAGGAAGGAGAAGAUGCAGUUGUUCGAUAUCCACGCCGAGGCGUCCUUCAUGGCGGAAUGUGAGAUCGCCUUGGAGCAGAUCACCACCCACAUAGCUUCACACGAAGACUUCCCCCGUCGCCAGACCCUCUUUCAAACCCGCGCACAACACCUCCUCGACAACCACAUGCUCAAACUCGAAUCCCUCGCCCUCCGCGCCCUGCCCCGCCCCGACGGCACAAUCACCGCACCGCACCUCUUCGCCACCCUCCGCCGCCUCCUCCCCCCAGAGGCAAUCUACCUCCACGACGCCGUAACAAACACAAUCCCCCUCCACGAACACCUCCAAUCCACCCUCCCAGGAACCUCCUACUCCAAAGGCGGCAGCGGCCUAGGCUGGGCCCCGGGCGCAGCCAUAGGCGCUUAUCUCGCCCUCUCCAAGUACUCCACCACCAAUCGCCCGCACACCGAACCCCUACCCCUUGACCCUCUCCCGGAAAAGAAACCUUUCAUCUGCGCCCUCACAGCCGACGGCGCCUUCCUCCUCUCCUCCCCCACACCCACCCUCCUCGCGUCCUCCCGGCACAAGACCCCCUUCCUAACCAUCAUCCUCAACAACGGCGGCUGGAAAGCCCCGAGACAGAGUAUCAACGAUGUCCAUCCGCACGGCCUCGCGGCGGGGAUGACGGAUCGGGAGAUUGGGUUUGCUUUAGGAGGACAUGAGGAUGGGGACGCCGCAGCGCCGGAUUAUGUGGGUGUUUGUGCCGCCGCGACGGGGGGUUGGUGUUGGGGAAGGAGGGUGUGUUUGGGGGAGGAUUUGGACGAUGCUGUUUUGGAGGCUGUGGGGGUUGUGAGGGGGGAGGGAAGGGGGGCGGUUUUGGAGGUGGUUGUUGCUUUAGAGAAGGUCUUGGGGUGA